GACUCGGGCUGAAGCUGCGCUGUGGUCAGUGGUCACCGGAGCUGUACUUCCACGUCCCGCGAGCCUUUUUGCUGGUAUUGCUGCUCUGGUCUCCGCAACCGCUGCUGCCUCCUGCUUUUCGGAAUCAUGAUGUACUUCCGGCUCUCCCCAGUUCCGAGCUCAGGGCUCGUUCUUCUCUGCCUCCUCUUAGGAGCUGUCCAGUCCUAUGCAUUGGAACUUACUUUGAACAAUACAGAAAAAGCCAUUUGUCUUUCUGCAAAAUGGCAGAUGAAUUUCACAAUACAUUAUAAAACUACAACCAACACUUCUAAAACUGUAACCAUUUCAGACUUUUCCAAUGCAACAUAUAAUGGAAGCAGUUGUAGGGAUAACCAGAAUCGUUCCAAAAUUGCAGUACAAUUUGGAUCCGGUUUCUCUUGGAUUGUGAAUUUUAUCAUGGAGGCAUCUAAUUAUUUAAUUGAUGGUAUCUCAUUUACCUACAACAUGAGUGAUACUACAACAUUUCCUGAUGCUGCAAAAAAAGGAAGUGUUACUGUUCAUCACAAUGUGACAAUGAAAAUUCCAUUGAGUGACAUCUUUAGAUGCAAUAGCUUAUUAACUAUACCAGUUGGCGAUGUUGACCAGCAAUAUCGGGAUGUUCUUGUACAACCUUUUGUUGAAAAUGGCACAGUGAGCAGAAAAGAAUUUAUAUGUGAUAAAGAUAAAAUUUCCACAACAAUAACACCCAUCAUUCAUACCACCGUGCCAUCUCCUACUACAACACCUACUCCAAAGAAAAACCCAGCGGUGGGAAACUAUUCGGUUACUAAUGGUAAUGGCACUUGUCUACUGGCUACCAUGGGACUGCAGCUGAACAUCACUCAAGAGAAGGUUCCUGUCAUUAUUAACAUCAACCCCAAUAUAACUAGCUUCACUGGCAGUUGUCAUCCCCAAACAGCCCAGCUUAGACUGAACAACAGCAACAUUAAUCUUGACUUUGUCUUUGCCAUGAAAAACGGAAACCGAUUCUAUCUGAAGGAAGUGAAUGCCAGCAUAUAUUUGACUAAUAGCACUGUUUUCAGCUUUGGAAAUAACAACCUUAGCUACUGGGAUGCCCCGUUGGGAAGUUCUUAUAUGUGCAACAAAGAGCAGAUUGUGUCAGUGUCUGGAAAAUUUCAGAUAAAUACCUUUAAUCUCAGGGUCCAGCCUUUCAAUGUGAAGGAAGGAAAGUAUUCUACAGCCCAGGAGUGUUCGCUGGAUGAUGACACCAUUCUAAUACCAAUUAUAGUUGGUGCUGGUCUUUCAGGCUUGAUUAUCGUUAUAGUGAUUGCUUACCUAAUUGGCAGAAGAAAAAGCUAUGCUGGAUAUCAGACUCUGUAACACUAAAUCCAUUCAUGAUCUCUGUUACAAAAAAAUAAAGCAAGUACAAGUACAAACAUGAAAUAAUGUUCAAUUUAAGGUAUAUUUAGUUUCAGUCUUGCACUUAGAAUGUAUGGGAGAUUUCAAACUGAAACAAAAAAAUAGAACUGUAAAUUCCAAAUGAGGCCUCUGAUUUUGGUGUCCCCAACCAUGGACUGUAACACAGUUACUUCUAUAACAAAAGACAUGUGCAAAAUUACCUAGAUUAUAAAUUCUAUUUUACUGUUUUGAAUUAGUAUUCAGUGUUUUGUCUUUACCAAUAUGUUCAGACUAGAAAUACACAGGAAAAAUUAUUUUUGUGUGUGUGCUGUUACUAGGCUUUGAGUUCUAUGGCUUUUUCACUCAUGCCUGGGAGCUCUACCACCUCCAGUCUGCAUUUUUCUGAUUAAUUGAAAGAAAGACUUAGAAAUGUUUUUGCCUGAGCUGGCUUUGAACUGUAAGCCUUAGAUCUCAGUCUCCUGAGUAUGUAGGAUUGCAGGGGUGAUCCACCAGUAGCCAGCUAACAAAAUAAUUUUUUUAAAGGGUUUUUCCCUGCAUGACACUGGGUUGGGUCAAUAUAUUCUACAAUGGGUUUGUACUUGUUCUCUUUGCAUUUUUUUGUGAUUUUGUUUGCAGGCUAAUUUAGAUACUUUGCCUCGCUGCAUAUUUGAUCUAGGAAAGAGAUGGUAGUAUGUUUGUUCAGGGCCUAGUAAGUAGUAGUGUGUUUUUCCUAAUGAAUUCUUUUCUCAUGUGUUUUGAAUACAUUUGUUUUUAAUGUGGCUGUAACAACAAAAGAUAGAAAAUAUUUUUUAAAGUUUAGAGUAAAUGUUUAACUUACUGUUUAAUCUGCUUUUAAAAAAAUUGGGUAUUUCAAUCUUUUAAAUUGCUAGCUGCAAGACUAUUCCAGCUAGGCAUUUCAAUCUAUAUUUUAGGUGCUUUUGAGAUAAUUGCUAGACAGUGCCAAUGGAGAGCAUUAUUCCUUUGUGCCUGUAUAUUGGCCUCUAUGUAUAGUACUAAAAUUAAUGCAGCUUUCUCUUUAACUUUCCAGUCUUCCUUGGUGGUAUGUUUUUUUCUUCUUCUUUUUUUUUGAAGAAGAAAUGCUAGUAUAUCCAAGAACCUAGAUAAAGAAGUGCACUUACACUCAGAAAAUAAUUUGCACUUAAUCCAAAAGUCUUGGUCUUCCCUUUAGUCCAUUAAAAUGUUUUUCUUUUCUAGUUUGUGUUGAUUGCUACAGCAUUUACUAAUUUGCCUUUCACAUUUAAAUGGUUCUGUGCUAAUCAAAACUUAUACUGUUAUUGUUCAUUAUGGUAGAGGCAUUAUUAAUUCAUGCAUUUUGUAUUCAAUUUGGUACUCAGAGAAAUGCAUCAGUUGUCAAUUUACUGAGCAUGCAACCCCUAAUGCUUAUAUGAAAAAGCAAUGCUUCAGCUUGAUAGCACAGGAAGUGUUCCUUGUAGCUACCAAAACAUCUUGUACAUGCAUAUAUUUAUACACCAUAUGCAUACAUGCAUAUACUAUGUAUGUUUACACAUGUAGAUAUAGCUGAGCAAAUGUUAAAAAUAUUAGCAUCUUGCUACACAUUGCAGAUUCUUAUGGUUAUUUGAGGAGGACAGAUUACAUGCCUCCCAUUUACCUGAAAAUGAGGAACUAUCUGGGUUUGGCAUUGAAUGAAAGCAUUGGUACACACAUACAUGCAUGGUAUGCACACAUCCAUAGUAGAUUGCAUGCUAGGGUAUGUAUGUCUGUAACUGUCUUUUGAGUUUUAUUGGAAUAAGUAAUAUUUUCUUCACUGAAAUUUGCUGUCUCUUUAGCCUAAAAAUUUAUUAGUCCAGACUAUAUGCUUCACUGAUUCUCUCCUAGAGCUUCAUUGAGCUGCAUUAACAGUUACAAAACAUUUCUUAGAAACCAAAUCUAAAUCUGGAUUUUAAAAAUUACUUUCAUUAAAACUGUGUUUUACUGUAAAAUUAUUAAUCAUAUAAGAAUUGAUUAAGCUUUUAUGAACAUUGGCCUUAGGUAUUUCUCAUGAAUCAAAACAAAUUAGAACUGUAAGUGAUUGGCACUAGCUUAAGGCUGUUGUUGUUUCUAAAAGUUUCUACAUUUAGAUUAUAAAUCUGAUUCAUAUUAAAGUACUAUUAAGCACUGUUUUAUAGAAAAAUAUGACGAGUGAAUAUUUUUGUAUUUUACAUGGGCCAGUUUAUAUACUGCUAUUUACACUAUAAUUUCCUAUAACCAUAUGCUCUUUGUACCUUUUGUAAAUUUUUUGUUUAAUUUUAUUGAGUUCACACCUUAAUGGUAACACUCUAUUUGGUUUCAGGUCUUCUUUAUGUUUUAGCAUUUGUAUGAAGUAACUGGUCCAUGUAAAUACCUUCUGUGUUUUUUUCUCAAAUGUUUAAGCCACUAGUUGAUGUAUGGUCUCUCUUUUUAGAUAUUUGCCUGUUUUGUUUGCUCAACAUUGCUUCUCAAACAAUAAAGAUUCUUUUAUUUCUUAAGGAAA